ACAGCCGCUCGCAGCGCAGCGCAGCGCAACUGCGGCCCCCGGCCGGCCCGGCGCAGGCAGCUCAGGUAAGCCCGGAGAGCCGCUCCGCUCCAGCCAGGGGCACUGCUGUCAGAGAGCCAGGGAGUCGAUUAAAGAAGCUGAUUGGCCAAGAAACGGAAUCCCAGGAGAGAAAGGAGCAAGAAAAGGAGAAGAGGGUCACCGCGCUGAAGGAGGAGUUGACCAAACUGAAGUCUUUUGCUUUGAUGGUGGUAGAUGAACAACGAACGCUGACAGCACAGCUUGGGCUUCAAAGACAAAAAAUCCGAGACCUAACCGCAAGAACGAAGGAAACACAUGCUAAACUAGCCCUUGCUGAAGCCAGAGUUCAGGAAGAAGAGCAGAAGGCAACCAGACUAGAGAAAGAACUGCAAACGCAGACCACAAAGUUUCACCAGAACCAAGAAACAAUUAUGGCGAAGCUCACCAAUGAGGACAGCCAAAAUCGCCAGCUUCGCCAAAAGCUGGCAGCACUCAGCCGGCAAAUUGAUGAGUUAGAAGAAACAAACAGAUCUUUACGAAAAGCAGAAGAGGAGCUCCAAGAUAUAAAAGAAAAAAUCAACAAGGGAGAAUAUGGAAACUCUGGUAUCUUGGCUGAAGUAGAGGAGCUCAGGAAACGAGUGCUAGAAAUGGAAGGGAAGGAUGAAGAGCUCAUAAAAAUGGAGGAGCAGUGCAGAGAUCUCAAUAAGAGGCUCGAAAAGGAAACAUCCCAGAGUAAAGACUUUAAACUGGAGGUUGAAAAACUCAAUAAAAAGAUUAUGGCUCUGGAAAAAUUAGAAGAUGCUUUCAACAAAAGCAAACAAGAAUGUUACUCUCUGAAAUGCAACUUAGAAAAAGAAAGGAUGACCACAAAGCAGUUGUCUCAAGAACUGGAGAGUUUAAAAGUAAGGAUCAAAGAGCUAGAAGCCAUUGAAAACCGGCUGGAAAUGACAGAAUUCACCCUAAAAGAAGAUUUAACUAAAUUGAAAACAUUAACUGUAAUGCUAGUAGAUGAACGGAAAACAAUGAGUGAAAAAUUAAAGCAAACUGAAGAUAAGUUACAAGCUGCUUCUUCUCAGCUUCAAGUGGAGCAAAAUAAAGUGACAACGGUUACUGAGAAGUUAAUUGAGGAAACUAAAAGGGCAUUGAAGUCAAAAACUGACGUGGAAGAAAAAAUGUACAGUAUAACCAAGGAGAGAGAUGAUUUAAAAAACAAAUUGAAAGCAGAAGAAGAGAAGGGAAAUGAUCUCCUGUCCAAAGUUAAUUUAUUGAAAAAUAGGCUUCAAUCAUUGGAAGCAGUUGAGAAAGAUUUCCUAAAAAACAAUUUAAAUCAAGAUUCUAGUAAGGCCACAACAACAUUACACCAAGAAAACAAUAAGAUUAAAGAGCUCUCUCAAGAAGUAGAAAAACUGAGACUGAAGUUAAAGGAUAUGAAAGCCAUUGAGGAUGACCUCAUGAAAACAGAAGACGAAUACGAGACUCUAGAGCGAAGGUAUGCUAAUGAACGAGACAAAGCUCAAUUUUUAUCUGAAGAGCUGGAACAUGUUAAAAUGGAACUUGCCAAGUAUCAGUUGGUAGAAAAGACAGAGUCUAGCCACGAACAGUGGCUUUUCAAAAGGCUUCAAGAAGAAGAAGCUAAAUCAGGGCACCUCUCAAGAGAAGUGGCGGCACUGAAAGAGAAAAUUCAUGAAUAUAUGGCAACUGAGGACCUGAUAUGUCACCUCCAGGGAGACCACUCAGUCUUGCAAAAGAAACUCAAUCAACAAGAAAACAGGAACAGAGAUUUAGGAAGAGAGAUUGAAAACCUAACUAAAGAAUUAGAGAGGUACCGGCAUUUCAGUAAGAGUCUACGGCCUAGUCUCAAUGGAAGAAAAAUCUCUGACCCUCAAGUGUUUUCUAAAGAAGUUCAAACAGAAGCAGCAGACAAUGAGCCACCUGAUUACAAGAGUCUCAUUUCUCUGGAACGGGCAGUCAUCAAUGGUCAGUUUUAUGAGGAGAGUGAGGACCAGGAAGAGGAUCCGAAUGAGGAGGAAUCUGUGCUGUCCUUCAAGUGCAACUCAUCUACUCCCUGUCCUAUUAACAGGAAGCUAUGGAUUCCUUGGAUGAAAUCCAAGGAGGGCCAUCCUCAGAAUGGAAAAAGACAAACUAAAUCCAAUGGCAACUUUGUACAAACUGGAGAUCUAGUCCUAAGCCACACACCUGGGCAGCCACUUCAUAUAAAGGUUACUCCAGACCAUAUCCAAAACACAGCCACUCUUGAAAUCACAAGUCCAACCACAGAGAGUCCUCACUCUUACACAAGCACUGCAGUGAUACCAAACUGUGGCACCCCAAAGCAAAGGAUAACCAUCCUCCAGAACGCCUCCAUAACACCAGUGAAAUCUAAAACCUCUGCUGAAGGCCUCAUGAAUGAGCAAGGCAUGUCCCCAAUUACCAUGGCAGCCUUUGCCAGAGCACAGACCCCAGAGUCUUGUGGUUCCAUAACUCCAGAAAGGACAAUGUCACCUAUUCAGGUUUUGGCUGUGACUGGUUCAGCAAGCUCUCCUGAGCAGGGACGCUCCCCAGAGCCACUAGAAAUCAGUGCCAAGCACGCGAUUUUCAGAGUCUCUCCAGACAGGCAGUCAUCUUGGCAGUUUCAACGUUCAAACAGUAAUAGUUCAAGUGUGAUAACUACUGAGGAUAAUAAAAUCCACAUUCACUUAGGAAGUCCUUACGUGCAAGCUGUAGCCAGCCCCGUGAGACCUGCCAGCCCUUCAACACCACCGCAGGAUAACCGAACUCAAGGCAUAACUAAUGGGGCACUAAACAAAGCAACCAAUAAAGUCACCAGCAGUAUUACUAUCACACCAACAGCCACACCUCUUCCUCGACAAUCACAAAUUACAAUCAAGGAGGUAUGCAAACAGAGAAUCCCAUCACGGAUCCCUAAACCAAAAUCUACAGGCAUCACUAAGCUUCCCCCGAAACCUCCCCCAGGGCCAAUGGAUAAGCCCAUUCACCACACUGGCUAUGGAAAGCUACACAUCAUAAGGACUGUCACCUCCAACACUUUCCUCCACAUGGGAGGGAAAAGGUAAGCCAUGCCAAUGCACUGCCUGGAUACAUUAACCUACAGAAAGACCUGGGAAGCUGAAAUUACCACUAUGGAAGGCCAAAGAGGACAAGCCAUCUCUCCAGGAAAUGAAGCAGCAGCAAACUGACAGGUGGUUUAUUCACAGGUUGCUGGACCUGGUAAAUGAAUGUCAUACUGAAGGAGUAGCACAACUACAAUUAUUUUCACCUAUAUUUGUGUAAGUGCAUAUAUGCACAAUCACAAGCCCAGACAUACCCCCCAAAUCCUCCUCCUACCUUUAAUCCAACCCCAAAUUGGGACUAUCUAUCACUAUCCUGGGAUAGGACUGCAUUCAAUAGGAUAAUUCAAAAGUUUUCUGGUGAACCCAGAAGUAAUCCUUCAAUCCACAAAGUUU